AAAAAUCAGCAAACAAUGCAUAGUACGCAGUCGCACAGAUUCAAGAAUUUUGUUGCAUCGUCGCCACCGUUUGGGACCGCCACUGAUAACCAACCUUUAACCUUCCAUACUAUUGAUCUUUUCAUGGAAAAGGAAGAAGAAGAUUCUAGAAGAGAAGCAGCAAUGGCGUCCUCACUAUGCCUGCAACCCAAUUUCAACCCUAAAGGCGUCACCAAAGACCAGCUCUCCAAGUUUCGGGAACUGCACAGGAAACGCUUACAACUAAAGUCAAAAUCAAAAUCAAAGUUUAAAACGAAAUCCAAAGAUGUGACCAAUAAGAAGUUCCAGGGAUAUGAUUUAUCAAGCCAGAGCAGUGAAGCUCAAGGUUUGAAAAUUGAUGACAAAGAUGGUGAAUGCUCUGAUUCUCAAAAUACAGACUCAAAGGGUGGUGGUGUAUUAGUGCCUUCUUCAUCAAAGAAACAAAAAUUGCAUUGGGGGCUUGACACCAAGGAGAGGUGGGAGAGGAAAUCCAACAUGUAGAUAUCACAGUGGAACUGCAGAGAUGAAUCAAUUGAAGUUUGUCUAUGUUUUGUAAAUUGGUAUGGUUCAAGAUAGUCCUCUGGAAGUGAUCCAUGUUGUUGUAUUGCACUUUCACAUUAAGUACAUGAUAGGGAAACACCAUUCAUUCAUAUCUUUGGGUUAACAAGUUAACAUGCAUCAUCAAGGUUAUCAGUAACCCUUCCUGCCCUUGUUAUUAUAGCAAGUUAUAUGAAUGUUAGGUUUUCAGUUGAAAACCACAUUCGGUGCAUUGAAAUUUGAGAAUGUGUAUGACGAGAUCUCAUAAUGCACGAAACUUGAAAGCUAAUUCAACAAACUAUUUGAUCUUUACUCUUUACGGAAAAA